GUAUAUGCCGACAUUAGUCGCAGGCCAUAACAUUUUGGAGACGAAAAGCUCACCUCCUUGUCAUUACUUCUCUAUAUUAUCAUGCGCUGUUGAACAUCCCCUCAUUCAUCUGUCUGUCUGCCUUUCUCACUUUGACUUUAUGCUGUUCCGUCUGUUUCCGUUGAAUUUCUUUCCAGCUUCCUAUGAUGAAGUUGCUUCGAUUCAGCAUACAUCUAUUUUCCUUAUUUACCAAAGGAUUGAGUGCGCAGCAAAUUAUCGAUGGGCAGAUAUUCACACCAGGAAUCGCUAUAAUUGAUGCCCCACAGCCUAAUACGCCAUUAGGUGGAGACUUCUUGCAAAUCGCUCUAGACGUUUCCUCAGAUGGAAAACUCCAGCUUCCGCCGUACCCAAAGGAUCCUAGAUCUGCAAUAUGGAACAUUACGAUCUUCCUCUCUAGUUAUACAACGGGGAAGAAUCUGACAAUAUCGAAUGGUACUGCUUCUGCAGGAAAUGCGAGCUUGGGCGAGAUCAUGCUGCAGGAGCCUGCGAGCACUGUGAAACAUGUUAAUUGGGUGUGGCCUGAUUGUCUGGUUGGCAAUGGAGCCCCUACAGAUGGCAGCAGCUCUCGUGGCCUCUAUAACAUUUCAAUCAGACAAAACUUCCGUCUGAAUGGUUCAGACGAAUACACAAUUUUCGAUCUCCCAAUACAGGUCACGAAUUAUAUACCUCAAGAGAGCAAUCGUCCAUCAUGCGAUUCCUUGAACAAUGCCUUGUUAUCCCCAGAAGCCUUGAAUGCUUCGGCAAACUCUUUUACGAGGAUUCCGGGCACUUCCAUACAGACCACCAGUACAGAAACUGGCAUUGGUGGAACUAAACCGGAUGCUUCUCCAGAGGAUGGAUUGGGAGCUGGAGCCAGAGUUGAAUGUAGAAACAUUGUCUGUUUUAUCUGGAUUGCAACCGUGGCUUUAAUGUUAACUUUGUAGGUACCGCGUUCUCGAGUAGUUAGAGGGAAG